AUGGCUAGGGCUACGUCUAGGUCUAGGGCUAGGGUUAGGUCUAGGUCUAGGGUUAGGGUUAGGGUUAGGGUUAGGGUUAGGGCUAUGGCUAUGGCUAGGGCUAGGGCUAGGGCUAGGGCUAGGGCUAGGGCUGGGGCUGGGGCUGGGGCUAGGGCUAGGGCUGGGGCCAGGGCUGGGGCCAGGGCUGGGGCCAAGGCUGGGGCUGGUGCUGGGGCUGGGGCUAGGGCUAGAGCUAGGGCUGGGGCUGGGGCUAGGGCUGAGGCUAGGGCUGAGGCUAGGGCUGGGGCUGGGGCUAGGGCUCGGGCUAGGGCUAGGGCUAGGGCUGGGGCUGGGGCUAGGGCUGGGGCUGGGGCUGGGGCUGGGCUAGGCUGGGGCUGGGAAUUUGAGGGAGGUAAUGGGGGAAGAAAUGAUGUGUCACUACAUCACUGA